CCUUUCUUUGUUCUGUUGUCGUAAAACCCUAAAAAAAAACAAAUCGAAGCAGUGAGACUUCGUUAUCUUAAUUUUACAUAUCUUAUUGCUUGUACACCUUUUGUUUUCAAGUACAAGGCUUCAAACGUGGAAGACACUCAAGGAUAAAUUGGGUGGAAAUUUUGUGAUUUUGGUGAUGAUUUCUUCAAGCAACGCCGAGUUGUGAAGGAGGUGAUGGCCAUGGCGAUGCCAUUGGGAUUUGCAACCUAUAUAGUGAACAUGAUCUGGGUAUUGCUCGACGGCUGGAUAUCGUCUUGCGUUAUCGUCGCAGAUGAAAUCGCUCGCGCCCUUCGCACGGGUGAUAUUGGCCCUUUUCCUGUCGGCUGAAUCUUUUCUUCUUGGAAGAGUUCCAGAAGAGAAAUUUCAAAGAAUGAUGGAACAGGUUGCAACAAGUACUGGAUUUGAUUUGGUCCUGAUUUGUGUGUGAGUUUCACAUGGUUUUAAUUAGGUGAUAAGAUCAUGAGCCGGAUCUAUUCAACAGUGUGCUUGUUACAACCUCUAGUUUCUCAUGACCUUAAAGGAAUCAACCAUACGACGAUUUAAUAACCUACCAGUAGAAGUCAUCACCUCCUUCACUGGGUUCAAGCAGACGUUUAUAGCUUUGUUUGCCAAUGCCCAAAAAUCGCAGAAAACCUUCCAGGCUCUGUUGAAGAUUCGAAAAGCUCCUUCUGAAAGCUUGGGGAGUUUUAUUACCUAAUUCUAAUAGGAGAUGCUAGACAUUAGAGAUCUGGAGCCCAUCCUCGCUCACGCAGCACUUGCCCAAGGCCUAUGUGAGGGCCUGUUCAAAUAUGCACUUAAUUUGCAAAAGCCAAAAAUCUUUAUUGAGCUUUUGGAGCUAGCUAGCAAUCAUAUUUUGGCUGAUGAAUAUAAUUCUUUGUCGAUCUCCUCCGGAAGCCAGAAAAAACCUAAGAAAAGACCUUUCCGAGAACACUGAGAUUUGAGGAAAGAUCACUGGAACGCUACUGCAAGACAUUUUCAAUAGCAAUAAUUGAAGCAACAUGAUCGAAGACUGGUUGUGGGGAGAGUAGAAGAGGCAAGAGUGGCCUUUAUCCUCUUCGACAGAAUUAACUCACCUACGAGUAUCAAUGGCUGAGAUUGUAGAAUCCUUCCAGAGUAAAAAAAAAAAAAAUUCAAGAGGCCUCCACUAAUGAAAACUUGGAGUUUCCAGUGCGAUCUGAAUAGAUAUUGCUCCUAUAAUUGGGACCAUGAACAUGACACUGAGGAGUGCUGACAACUUUAAAAUCUUAUUGAAGAGUUGAUUCGAGUGGGAAAGUUGAAAAAGUUUGUAGUACUAAAGACCAAUAUUCGAAGAGAGGUCAAAGCGCUUAUCGAACUACCACUGAUGAACUAGUUCUGAUGAGAAUAGUGCACAUUGUCGGAGUAGUGCUCACUAUCUUUGGCGAAGAUGGAACUGAAGCCUCGCAACAGUCAAGCUUGAAGCAAUUGAGGGCAUAAGACAUCAACUUUGUCAACCUGUCCAAAUCAACCACUUCGACAUAUCUACCCAUCACGUUCACAAAAGCCUACCUAAGAUGAUGAGCUAUUACUACUAUUUACAUUAUAGUUUAAUGCAUUUUGUGGGUCCCACCUGAGACGAUGUAACAGUUACUCAGUCAGAGGUGUGGAAGCAAAGCAAAUGAUCUUCCAAAACAGGGAAGCCUUGAAUUCUCUUUCCUUAUAUUGUAUUUUCUCAUUUUAUUGGAAAAUAAAUUUCUAUUGACUGUAAUAAACUCCAUUGAAUUCUCGCCUAAAAGCAUAUUCCCUCGCUAGAGACAGUUCAACAAUCUGAGGCUCAUCUAAUCAUUAUAUAGGUCAUAGUAAUGGAAUACGUAAUCCCACCAUCCAAAAUGCUAUUGCCGUAGACAACAGUUAGUUCGCAUUGACUCAGAAGCCCUGGCAACUAUUCCCUACAUGUGUAGCCAAAGUACCCCUAGAUAAAGGAAAGUCCAGGCUCAAUGGUAAGCCCUUGCAACUGCUCCUUGAAGGUGCCACCAACAAAUUUCACAAUUAUGGGAAUUACUAUUUUGAUUGAGUAUAAUUCAGCCUCUUGUCAAUCUUUGACCGAGUGGGGCAUCGGCAACAAGCUUGAAAUUCAUUUAACAAAGUAUGAAAUGAUAAAUCUUUCUUCAUUCUCUCAGUCUUAUUGUAGUAUCAUGUCGAAGAGAUGAGAGAAUGUGGAAACUAAAUGUACACCCUAAAGACUGAAAUAGUUGUCAUUGACUGUCGUAGGUGCAAAUGGGGUCCCUAGGCGUACUAGACCCGAUUUUUUUUUUUUUAGAAUAUGAAUAUAUUCAUUUGCUAACAUCCCAUAUAACUAAUCUACUAUAUUUGCUAACGACAGCUGCAAUGUGAUUUUAACAAAGAUUACCCAUCAAGAGCACUUAGCGAGUUCCUCCACUGAGCUCUCUUGCAUAUACCAAGCUCCAUCGCCAAGUUUGCUUAUUGGUCUUCUUUUCUCCUAAAAAAGCCACCUAAACAUGAGACGGGAGGUGACUCCCCUGGAAUUCAUCAUUGUCUAUGCCUAUUUAUUAACUCUCUGGCACUCACAACGACAUCCCUUCAAUGGUAAAUCUCGGACAUGCCUCAUAGAGUACUGCUUCUGAUAUCAUAUUUUUUAUUUAGUUCUUUUUUAUAGUCCUACAGAGUCAAGGACAUCCUACGGAGCAUAUAAAUAGAAGGGUUCUUACUCUAUCAGGGGAAGAUGGAGGGGAGCGAUGAGAAAAAUGACACGAGCUUGAGUUCUCUCUCUCUCCAUUUCCUCUUAUCUCACAAGUUCUCUCUCGGGUUAUGUGAACUUACUAACUGUACCGGGUACCAACUUCCUAAAAAGUAUUCAACAAGUUUCAUUUAAAUUUCUGACGGAUGAAUUUGAGUUGUCAAUGGCGUCUGCCUUUUAUUUUGUUUGUAGCUAUUUCUUAAACAACAAAAUUAUAACCUUCUUGUGAUUGUCAGGAAGAGUUCCAGAAGAGAAAUUUCAAAGAAUGAUGGAACAGGUUGCAACAAGUACUGGAUUUGAUUUGGUCCUGAUUUGUGUGUGAGUUUCACAUGGUUUUAAUUAGGUGAUAAGAUCAUGAGCCGGAUCUAUUUUAGUCUGGCUGAACUCAUUAUAUCUUCUAUCUUGUAAAGUGUGAAGUGUUAGCAUAAAUCCAGAAGAAUGUUAAUGAACUGUUUUUUUCUUAUAUUGUAUAGUUUACGUGUUGAGCCUCA